UCGAUUCGUACAAUGUUUUGAAGUUAAUGAAAACAAAAACAUUUAUUUCUCAAUAAACUAAAUUACUAAAGUGUUAAAAAUGCCUCUCAUACGUUCUGCCAGUUUUAACUUGUUCAUCGAAAUCCUCAUUAGGAUAAUGUUGCUCUCCGUUUUCUGCUAUAUGGAAUCUAUGAGCCCCUUCAUCCGGGUGAUCCAGCCAUCGGAGCUGGAGAACGACUGCAAGUUCCCUCGCCACGAGUCCUACGUCCCCGGGAGCAUGCUCUGGUCGAUAGUGGUGUCCGUGCCCUGUGUGCUUACUCUGAUAGCCUGGGCUGUGUGUAACGACUGCAAUGAUGCAUUGGAGUUCCUACUGGCGUGGUCUCUGUCCUUGGGCAUUACUGGAGUAUUGACAGACUCAGCCAAAUUAAUAGUGGGUAGACCGAGGCCGGAUUUCUUCUACCGAUGCUUCCCAGAUGGUAUUGAGACACCCGAAUUGCAGUGCACUGGGGAUCCUGCUGAUAUCAUAGAGGGAAGGAAGUCCUUUCCGAGCGGGCAUAGCAGCAUAUCGUUUUGUUCGCUGGGCAUCGCCUCCGCGUGGAUAUGCGGGCGGUUGGGCACGGUAUCCAGGAGACGCGGUUCCGGUGCCAGGGUGCUGACAACGCUGGCGCCGCUGGUCGUUGCUGCGUGUAUCGCGUUAUCACGUACCUGCGACUACCAUCACCACUGGCAAGAUGUUCUAGUGGGAUCCAUCUUGGGUAUGUCAGUGUCCCUGUUCUGCUACCGGCAGUACUACAACGCCCUGACGUCGGACCUGUCCGGGAUACCGUAUAUAGUGUCCCGGGCGAACCUCGCCAAGUACUUCAACGGGAAACCUGACAUAAGCCCGGUGAAAGAUGUGAAGGAGGAAUCGACGCCAUUGCUCAAUGGCGUCAAGAAAGACGACAAGUGGAUUUAAUGUUAUUUUAAUUGUCGACACCAUUUUUUGUUAAACAUGUGAUUUUUUUUAAUCGACACUUAUAAAUAAUAUAAUAUCGAUUCAAUGUUAUUUUAAUUAGCAAAACUAUAUUCACUAAUUGGAGAUGUAAUUUUUAAAAAUCGACGUAUUUUAAAAUUGGAAUACGGAUUUAAUGUUAUUAAAAUGAGCUAUUUUUUUUUGGCGAUGUGAUUUUCUUCAAAUCGACGUUUAUAGACAAUAGAAUAUGGAGUCAAAUUUAUUUUAAUUAAGUAUACUUUUUUUUCUCGUAUUUU